AUGUCUGAGAAUAUGCACAGAAUCGAUCAAACUCAUAUUACUAUAGUUGAAACCUUGAUGGUUACACCAUCCGAUACAGCUUCCAUAGCCAAAAUCACUAAAACCAUGAGCGAAGCACAGAAUGUAAAGAAUCAAUGCGUUUUACCUAGAAUGCAG